GUUUCUCACUCUAUGGAUGUCUUGUACGAAAUUGUGAAGACACUUGCCAGCGCACUUGGCGAACAUGUCAUUGAUCCCCUUUGUCAACAUAUUUCUUUCUUAGUCAAUCACAAGGAGAACGUUGAGCAAAUGGAAAGCACAACAACAAAAUUGACAAAGCAGAAGAAUGACAUUAAGGAUGAUAUAGAUGCAGCCAAACGAGUUGGAAGAAUCCCUAGAGAACAAGUAAGCCACUGGUUAAAGUGUGUUGAUGAAAUUGAAACAAGAGCCCACGAAAUACAAUCAAAGUAUGAAAAAGGUAAAACAUGCUUAGGAGGGUGGUGCACAAAUUGUUGGCCAGCCUACAAAUUCAGCAAGAGAGCGGCCGAGCUCAAGUUAGAGAUCGAAAAGAUGCACAAAGAAACCUUUGAUGAAUUAGUCAUAAUCCCACCUCCACAGCCUGUGAUAGAGAUAGAAACCCAGCCAAUCAUGGGCCAAACAGCUCAGCGUACAAUGCAGGAGGUUGUGAACAACAUAAAUGCGAAGGAAAACGUGAUUGGUGUGUGGGGCAUGGGAGGGGUGGGGAAGACCACUAUUGUCCAAAAUGUCAACAAUCAGCUGUAACAGUCGAGUUCUGGGUUUGAAAUCGUGAUAUGGAUCAGAGUUUCCAUGAAUCCAAUUUUAUCAAAUAUAAGCGAGAAGAUUGCAGAACGCUUGAUGCUAGAUCUGUCAAUGUACAGUGCUGAGGUGGGGACACAAAAGAUAUUGAAUCUUAUGAGGACAACGAGAUAUCUCCUAAUCCUAGAUGACAUGUGGAACCGGAUGGAACUCAAAGAAGUUGGAAUUCCUAGACCAAACAACAAGAAUGGGAGUAAGAUUAUUGUGGUGAGUCGAUUAUGGGAUGUGUGUACCGACAUGGAGGCUGACCACAUAAUUGAAUUAAAAAAAUUGCCAGAAGAGGAAGCCUGGAGUCUAUUUCUUAAGAAAACUGGCAUGCAGAUUGAUAAUCCAUCAAUAAAACAACAUGCCGAGGCUGUUCUUAAAAAUUGUGAGGGUCUACCCCUGGCGAUCAUCACCGUGGGACGGGCCAUGGCAAACCGACAUACAACAAGAGAAUGGGAUGAUGCCAAAAGAGAAUUGGAGCAGUUAGCUUCCAAUCUUCGAGGUAUGAUUCAAGAUGUAUUUAUCCCUCUAAAAUUUAGUUAUGAUAGAUUAGAUUAUGAUGCAUAUAGGUCUUUCUUUCUGUAUUGUGCUUUGUUCCCCCAAGAUUACUUGAUAGGGGAACUUGAAAUAAGUGAUUAUUGUAUAGCGGAGGGAUUAGUAGAUGAUAGACGAGGUGAUCUUAAAGAUGUUCGUGACAAGGGGAAAACUUUAGUAGGAAGCCUCAAAAACUCAUGCAUGCUUGAAGGUGAUAAUCAUGAAAACACAGUGAAAAUGCAUGAUGUAAUGCGAGAUUUGGCACUAUGGAUCACUUCUAGUGAGUCAGGGGAGCAUGAUCCCAAGUUCAUUGUUUGGGCUCAUACUAGAACACGGAAGGGACCAAGGGCCAAUGAAUGGCAAGAAGCUGACAGAAUUUCAUUGGUGGAAAAUGACCUACAGGAUCUCCCUCAAUUGCCACAAUGCCCAAAACUUGUCACAUUGAUGCUUCAAAACAAUCAUUCUCUAAAUGUCAUCCCACAAGAGAAUUUCUUUCAGUGCAUGUGUUUCCUUCGCAUGCUCAAUUUGAGUCUCACAGGAAUUACAUCUCUCCCAAGUUCCUAAUCCCAAUUGGUGAACCUUCGUGUUCUUCGUCUGAGUGGUUGCAAGAAACUGGGAGAGUUACCAAUAACAAUGGGAGAGCUCCAAGAACUCCGACUCCUGGACUUAUCAACUUGUUAUGGGAUCAAAGAGUUACCUGCAAGUUGUAGGAAGUUAAAAAAUCUAAGGCACUUAGAUCUAUCCCACACACCAGACCUUGUACAAGUUCAACCUAAUUUAUUCUCUAAUUUGCAUAAUUUAGAGGAGUUACUCAUUUUGCCCAGUGGUUUGAAAUGGAAAAUGGACAAGAGAAGCAGUGCGAAAAGAGCAGUGAGCAUAUAUGAGCUGAAACACUUAUCUUGCUUAACAUGGGUGGGGAUUUCUAUAGAAGGUGUUGCCUCUUGGGAUUGGCUCCAGUUGCAUGUUAAGAGUAUACAGCAAUUGGAGCUACGCCACUGCACUAUUACUGAUGACACCUUGUUCACCCUUGACAAUGCUCAAAGCAUGAAACGGCUAAUUUUCUAUCGUUGCCAUGGUUUGGUUCGAGUUCCCACUCGUUUCUUGAUAUAUCUCCGAAUAGAACAUUGUGAUGAAUUGGGGAAUGUGGUGGUUGGAGAUGAAGCCAAAGAGGAUUCCUUUCAAAGCUUAAAGCAAUUGGUCCUUGACUCAUUGCCUCAUUUGAGUAUACUCUGUGUGGGGGUGUUGCCAAACCAAUGCUUUGGUAACCUUAAGAGAAUAUCCAUAUGGAGGUGCCCAAGUUUACAAGUUCUCUUCACAAAUGGCAUGGCCCAAGUGCUCCAAAGUUUGGAAAUUUUAAGUGUGUGGGAUUGUAAAGGAAUGGAGACGGUGACAGAAGAUGAGGAGCUACAAGGUGAUAUAUUCCCAAAGUUGAUAAAAUUAGAACUAUGCUAUCUACCCAAACUAGAUGUUAUUUGUCAUCAUGCCUUGCAGUGGCCAUCACUAGAGUUGGUGGUCAUACUUGAAUGUCCAAGGUUAAAGAGGGUCCCUUUUGGUGUGGGAAGUGCAAAAAGGCUACGAGACAUUGGAGUAGACAGAAAAUGGUGGGAAAGUUUGGAGUGGGAAGACCAAAUAUCAUCAACUCCCUUCGACAACCCCAAUUCUAUAAUGAGGGUGAAGGGGCAGACAUAGAUAUGACUUCAUUGAGGAACCCCAAGUUC